GAUGGAGACAACCCACAGCCUGCUGUCGAACAACGAAGAACGUUGCUGCUCGCUGUCCCACUCUCUUGCCUACAACAGCUGUGACUUUGGAUCUCUAACUCUGUUGCCAUGUGUAGAGGACUCGCAAUACUUCCUGCAACAUGCCUGAAAAGUGCCAUAAAGCACAAAAUAAGCUUCUUACUGCAGAAGCCUGAACCUCAAGCUGCAGAUCAGAAGAAGGAGACGAACGUCGCUGCUGCUGCUGCUGCUGCUGCUGCUGCUGCUGCGAAGAGGGUUCCGACUGUAACUGAGGUGAAGAAAUGGAAAGAGUCCUUCAGCCACGUCGUGAACAGUGACACCGGUCGCAGGGUCUUCAGCAACUUCCUGAGGUCAGAGUUCAGCGAGGAGAACUUGGAUUUCUGGCUCGCCUGUGAGGGAUACAAGAAGACAGGAUCGUCCAAGCUGGCGACCAGAGCCAAGCAGAUCUACCGGCAAUAUGUGGAGGCCGACGCCCCUAAUGAGGUGAACUUAGACGCAGCGACCAGGGAGGAAACGAAGCAGAACCUGGAGCACACCUGCCCGUCCUGUUUCGACAAGGCCCAGAGGAUGAUCUACGUCCUGAUGGAGAAAGAUUCCUACAGACGCUUCCUCAACUCCAAGCUGAUCCAGGAUCUGCUGCAGAAGAAAGAGAAGAAAAACUGUGACUGUGUGGAGAACAGGCAGGCGUUAACUGGCGGCGCCUGAACGCGAAGGGAAAGAAGGGAAGAAGAAGACUGCAAACGUACAAGAGAACCUGGUCCAGAGCGGUUUGUUCCGUGUGUGUUUAGAGUUUAGAAGAAUCAGAUGUUUAGAAGGUGACGUAGAAAAGGUUCACGUGGGAUGUGGUCGAGAUUCUAUUUCUCUUUUUUUUGAUACCUUUCAUUAAUUCCUGGAUGUCUUUGGUCCUUUACGGGGUUUUGCCGUGUUAUGUCCACUGUCUGUGCGUAUUCCCCCGUCCCCUGUGUCUGAUUUUAAAUAUUUCAUACGUCACUUCACGAUAUAUAAAUACAGAUGAGGUUAAAAACAUUUGCUUCUGCAAAAAACACGACCUGCUCUCCGCGUCACGUCGAGGUUACGUUGACGCCGACGACAGGAAAACAAUCUAACGCUACCUCCACCCAACGGCGACGCCUCCAUACAAACCUCCUGUCAUUCGUAUCCCGAUAACGAUGAUGUUAGGUUGUUACGUCUCUGAAAUGUAAAGAAUGACCCGACUUGAUUGUACGUGACGACAACGUGGAUAAAUGUUCAGUGUCUUACCCAUCAGUGUUAAAAUGUUGUAUUUAUGAGACUGUAAGAUGAUAUUUAUACAUUUUCAAAAAUAAAAAAGAAUAUGUGGACAUGUUUAUUUGUUCCAACAAUACUAGCGUAGUCUUUUUCUCUUUGUGCUCCAGCUGCUGGAUGACGUUGAUGUACAACCUGCAGUAAAUCUCAUCAUUUAAAUACCUGUUCACUUCGAUGGCUUGUGGUAAACUUAGAAUGUAAACUAUCCCACGUAGAUUUUUAUCAUAUUAAGUUAUUGUCGUAUCAAAUCUGUGACUAUAUCACGAAUAAAAUCAUGUGAUGGAUAAUCUGAA